AACGAGAAACCUUCGGACUCACGGUCACUCACCCGUUUCUUGCUUGUUCUCCCUGAAACGACGACGUUUUGGGUGUUGCUAGCAGAAUGUUCGGUAUUUCAUACGGCGAGCUCUUUCUCUUGAUCGGCGCCGCCGCCGCGUUAGUCGGACCCAAGGAUUUGCCUCGGAUUGCGAGAAUGGCGGGGCGGUUGACGGGUCGGUCAAUCGGGUAUGUCCAGUUAGCUCGGGGCCAAUUCGACAGUGUGAUGCAGCAGUCUCAAGCUCGUCAGGUUCAAAAGGAACUGCAAGAUGCAUUGUCACAGUUGGAUUCGAUUCGUUAUGAGGUGAGAAGUCUGUCGCUUAUGAACCCGGGUCCUAUGACUCGAAAACUGAUGGAUGAUGCUGCUGAGGGACUUGCUCCUCCACAUGAUGAUGGGGUCACGAGCUCGAUUGAGAGUCGCAAGGAGGAAGUGAAGCCGACGACUAGUGUGAUCAAGCAGGGUAGUGUUAACUUCAGGACAUCAGAAUCAGUUAAUUUGCAUACGCAAGGCACUGCGUCUGAAUCACUUAAUUUGCAUACACAAGCCACGGCGUAUGCCAGACUGGCUGAAUCGGCCGCUGUGGAAGCUGGCUCUUUGAAAAGUAGCGAAGAGAAAGAGAGCCUUCUUGAUGAAAGUGGCCUUUUUGCUGUUCUCCCGAUUUCAGCUGAAAGUGCUGGAAUGCUACCAAAACGCAAGGAAAAUGUUGAAGGAUCAGACCUUGUGCUGGAAGCAGUGGUUGAAGCAGAGGUAGCACGUAAUGCCAAAGAUUUCUUUUCACAGCCUGAAAACCAAAUAAAAUGAACUGAACAGGUUGAACUGAGAUUCCUUAAUAUGUAGAGAAGAGAUGUUUUUCCGCAUCCACAUUGCAAGGAAACCUUUCGUCCAGUAAUUCCUUCUGCAGUUUACUGUGAGUAUAUUUGUAGUUCACAGUCAGUAAUGCAGGUGCCACUUCUGAAUUUGUAUAUAAUUUCUUAAUAUAUAAAAAUGUUUUAGUUUUGCUU